AAAAUACAAAAAGAAAAAAAUAAAACACACACACACACACUAGCCGCCAUGCGAGCGAAAAUCACCGCCGUUUUGUCGCUGCUGAUAUAUCUCUACCUGAGCCGCCGGUCGCUGGCUCUAAACCAGGAGAUGCUCGUUCUCCGGCAGAUGAGGCUAUCACUCUCCGACACAUCCAGAGCCCUCGACAGCUGGACCUCCGGCGGCGGCGGCGGCGCCGCCCCCUGCAACUGGACAGGUGUCGCCUGCGACCGGCGGGGAUCCGUCGUGUCGGUGUCUCUCCCGAGCGCCUCCCUCGCCGGCCCCUUCCCGAUCGAGCUCUGCUGCCUGCCGUCCCUCUCUAAUCUCUCACUUUCCGACAACAACAUCAACGGCACACUCCCACUAGCCAUCUCCAGCUGCCGGAGCCUCGUCUACCUCGACCUCUCCGAGAAUCUGCUCGUCGGCCCUCUCCCACCAACCCUUGCCGACCUCCACUCCCUCAGGUACCUUAAUCUAAUGGGAAACAACUUCUCAGGCGACAUUCCGACAGCUUUCGGCCGAUUCAAACGUCUCGAAUCUCUCAUCCUCGUGUUCAACCUCCUAAACGGCACAAUCCCAUCCGCUCUCGGAAACAUCACGACACUAAAAAAUCUUCAACUGGCUUACAACCCGUUCUCGCCGGGCCCCAUACCCGCCGAGCUAGGCAACCUGACCAACCUAGAAUACCUCUGGCUCACAAACUGCCAGCUCGUGGGCCGCAUCCCAAUCAGCAUCGGCCACUUAUCACGGAUUCAGAAUCUGGACCUGGCCUGUAACGGGCUAACUGGGCCCAUACCGGCCCAAAUCACGCACAUGACAAGUAUUGUCCAAAUUGAGCUGUACAACAACUCGCUCAACGGGACUCUUCCCGCCGGAUGGUCUAAUCUGACUAAGUUGAGAAGAUUUGACUCGUCUAUGAACGAGUUGACUGGGAUUAUCCCGGUUGAGCUCUGCGAGUUGCCUCUCGAGUCGCUUGCCUUGUACGAGAAUCGACUUGAAGGGAUAAUCCCGGAUAGCAUCGCCACGUCAGCUAACUUGCACGAGCUCAGGCUGUUUGAUAAUCGGCUGAGGGGAACUUUGCCGAGCGAUCUCGGCAAGAACUCGCCUCUGCAAAUUCUAGACGUGUCGUAUAAUAGUCAUCUCUCGGGCGAAAUCCCCGAGCUUUUGUGCCUGAAUAAGGCAUUGGUGGAAUUAAUUAUGUUGAACAAUGCAUUAACAGGGAAUAUUCCGGCGAAUCUCGGAAAUUGCCCGAGUUUACUACGCGUACGGUUGAGAGGCAACAGGCUGCAGGGCGAAGUUCCACCUCAGCUAUGGGGCUUACCGCGGGUUUACCUUCUCGAGCUCUCGGGAAAUGAACUUUCCGGAAAUAUCUCGAGCACGAUAGGCGGCGCGAAGAACUUAUCCGUCCUCGCGAUUUCGAAUAACAGAUUCUCGGGAAGCAUACCGAGCGAAAUCGGGCAAUUAGACUGUUUGGUCGAUUUUUCUGCCGGAAGUAACUUUCUCACCGGAGAAAUCCCGAGCAGCAUUAUAAACUUAAGGCAGCUCGGAAGGCUUGACUUGAGCAAUAACAAUUUAUCCGGUGGGAUUCCGAAAGAGAUCAACUCUCUGAAGUUGCUAAACGAGCUCGAUUUGGGAAAUAAUCGAUUAUCGGGACAUAUACCGGACAAGCUCGGGCACCUCCCGACGCUCAACUACCUCGAUCUCUCGAAUAACAACUUUUCCGGCGAAAUCCCGUUGUCGUUGCAGAAUCUGAAGCUCAAUAGCUUAAACCUGUCACAAAAUAUGCUUUCGGGGGACGUGCCUCCUCUCUUCUCAGACGAAGCUCAUCGGGACAGUUUUCUCGGAAAUCCCGAGCUUUGCUUCUAUAAUUCCAGCUCGUGCAAUCGCAAGGCAGAAGAAGAGGAUCGAGUCUUUUUAUGGGUGACGAGGUUCGUUUUCACCACAACGAGCCUUGUUUUAUUAGUCGGGAUCAUAUGGUUUGUUUCGUUGAGGUGCAGGAAAAUCGAGCAAAUGGCUAAGAAAGAUCGAGCUGCAGUAACUAAGUGGACUUCCUUCCAUAAGCUUGCCUUUAACGACAGCGAAAUUAUCAACGACUUAAAAGAGUCAAACGUGAUUGGUGGAGGAGCCUCCGGUAAAGUCUACAAACUCGUCACGAGCAAUGGGGAGGAAGUAGCGGUGAAAAAGCUGCACGAGAAGUGCGAAAAUGACGAAAACAACCCUGAAUUUGAUGUCGAAGUCGAGACGCUAGGGAAAAUAAGACACAAGAAUAUCGUGAAAUUGUUGAGCUGUUGUGAUGCGGAGAACUACAAGCUCUUGGUGUAUGAGUACAUGCCGAACGGGAGUUUAGGGGAUUUGCUGCAUGGCGGCGAAAAAGAGAGUGAGUUUUUGGAUUGGCCGACAAGGUUUCUUAUUGCUUUGGGUGCUGCAGAGGGGCUCUCGUAUUUGCACCACGAUUGUGAUCCGCCGAUUGUGCAUAGGGACGUAAAGUCGAACAAUCUGCUACUCGACGAGGAGUUCGGUGUUAAAAUCUCGGAUUUUGGUGUAGCUAAGGUCGUGAAGGAAGUUGAGAAUGGUGUGGAGUCCAUGUCUGUCAUUGCUGGUUCAUGUGGUUACAUUGCACCAGAAUACGCAUACACGCUGCGCGUAAAUGAAAAGAGCGACAUCUACAGCUUCGGAAUAGUCAUUCUGGAGCUCGUAACCCGAAAAUUGCCGACUGACCCGGAACUUGGGGGCCGAGAUUUGGCCACUUGGGUCUCUACAACCUUGGAAAGCGGAGGGAUAGAUCAAGUGAUUGACCCGAAUCUCGACUCAUCAUUCCACGAACACAUUCGCAAGGUUAUUGAUAUUGGACUCGUCUGUAGCAGUACACUCCCGACCAGUCGUCCCUCCAUGCGCCGGGUGGUUUCUAUGCUGCGCGAAUCGGGUGCUAGCAUGUUUAAUAAUCACAGUGUACAUGAAAAAGAAUAAAUGAUAAGCUUUUUGUAAGCCUGAAUGUUGUUUAAUCACAAUGUUUUCACAGUAAUUGUAAGCCUAAAUGUUGUUUAUAUAAGUUCGAGGUAAUAACCUACAGAGAAGC